UGUGGCGGCACCCUUCCUGAACGCGGAUGUCCGUCACAGCUUCGUUAUAACAGCCUGACUCCAGGUGACACUGACAGAUGGGGAGCAUCGAGUUGGAUACGAAGACCGCAUCGUUUAAUGCGCGAAUGAAAACGCUCUUCGGAAUAGGAAGAGUCUUAAAGGAAAAAAGUUAAGAUAGUUUAGUAUCUUUACAAAGUAAUACCGCGUGCGCGAAACCACGUGCAUUUCAGGCUUCAGAGUUUAUGAGUGGUUGAUGAUUUGUUAAUUUUGAAAUCAUUCCUCACCUAAUUUUUAAGGGAAUCAGGUGCUGAACUGAAACAUUUAUUUUGUAUUCUUACGAUUUAUGAAAAUGUCAUUCCAAUAUUUAUUUAUAAAAUUACAGUGAACUUUUUUUAAUGCAUUAAUUUUGAAACUUGAUGGAAGGACAAAUUGAACGCUAUAUGCUAAAAUAACUAAUGCACAAAAAUUAAGUUUAUUAAAUGCACAUUUGCCGUUAAUAAAGUGAUUCGCUUGAAUAUAAAUUAAGAACAAUAUUUGCCAAAAUGAAAAUUCGUUCUGGAAGGAUAAAAAAUAUUCCCUGUGAUUGUGCCGAACAUGCUGCAGUUUUGUUUGCAAUUAUUGUUCUUCAAAUAACUACAGGGUUGCCGACAGCUCAUGAAGGUCAACGUGGGCCGAGCUUCUUCACAGAGCCACCCAGCAAAGUCGAAUUUCAGAAUGACACCGGAACAAUCGUUCCAUGUUCGGCUCAAGGACAUCCUGCACCUAUGAUUUCAUGGACUCAGCAGGACGGUAAUAUACUCCAUGAUGUAACAGGAAUUAGACAUACCCGCCCUGAUGGAUCUCUCGUAUUUCCACCCUUUUCAGCCGAGGAUUUCAGGCAAGGUGUUCAUGAUGCCAUAUACAGAUGUGUGGCCACGAAUAUAGUUGGUAGCAUCAUUAGCCGAGAAGUUCACGUCAAAGCCG